UAUGUGGAUAUAAAGAGGGCUACCAUCAAAAAUGUUUGAGAAGAACCUCACGGAUCUUGUCCGUGGCAUCAGAAACAACAAAAGCAACGAGGUACUAUAAGUCUCGGGUUCCACUCACAUGAGCAUAUUGCAUUUACCGGACGACGUGGCAUAAUCUAUUUUUUAUCGGUUUAUUUAUAUGUCUAUUAUGCUGUUUUAUGUAUUCAUCUCGUAAUUUCAAUAGUUUGUACAUUUAAAGGGUAUAUUGUAUUGAUUUAGCAGCAACCAUCGUAGGAACAGAGAAGAAAUGUACACGAAAAUCUGUCUUCGAUUGGAUCUUCACCAGUUUAAGCUGCGUCUAUGUUAAGACAAAACGAGAUUUAUUUUAUUAGCCAUGUGAUUCUUUACAUGGAAAUUUAAAUUUAUGUUAAGCACUUGCAUCAAUUUAAUUUGUUCCUAUAUAAUGAGUGGUUGUGAUUUGAUACCGUUUAAGCCAAACAGGAAGUUUCGUUUCUUGGCAGGCUAAAUAUAUUGCAUCCUGUUUGGAUGAAAUCAAACAAGAGCUGAGGCAAGAAAAUGCUGCUGUGAAAGCCAAUGCGGUGGCCAAGCUCACUUAUGUAAGUAGAAGCAUCAAAGAAGCUAGAAAUUUAAAGGUGUUUUACCGUAUAUAUGCAUAGUGGAAAUUAAACAUGGUCCUGGAACUUGAAAGAAGGUGGAGGUUUACAUCCCGGGGGGGUUACUCCCAUACAUUGCCUAUACGGGUAUGUGCCGCCCGACGGGGUCGUGAUUUUGAAGCUCCUGAUUUAGAACGGGGUAUCCAUUUCAGAGGCGUUUUCUAGAACAGGGCAUAAAAAUUGUGGAUCACAGCUUUAUCUUCUGCUUAAAAUUGUUGCUGAUUAUGAAGAAGCAUUUAUUUGAUGUAUAAGUCGAACAAAUAAAGAAAUAUUUUUUAAAAAAACAGGGCUAUUUCAAUUUACAAACUUUCUAGAACGGAGCAUAAAAAAUUGACCCAUUUCUAGAACAGGGUAUCAAUUUUAGGGGAAUUUUUUUAGCACAGUGUGCUAAUUUGGAGUCCCGGGCGGCACAUACCCACCCAAAAAAUACCCAAGUGCCCCCCCCAGGGGUUUACAUGUAGUUCAUAAUGCUUGGAACUUUGAUUUCGAUACAAAAUAUGGCAAAAUCAUUAACAGGAAGUUAAAAUGGUUAAAUUUUUUUUUCAGUUGUUAUCUUUAAUCUGUUAACUUAACCUUUAACCCAUGCUGCCGGCUUGUUGUUCCUCUUGUGUGAAGUUUAUCUCCAGAAAUCUUACUUUGUGCAUGGUGCUAGAGAAAUCCAGGCUAUCUUCACACAGCAUCAGGCAAAUUUUUGACCGGCGAAAAAAAAUUGACCAGAUACCUCAAUCACAAGGAACCAUUCAGUAUUUUCAGUCUUAUCUGCACACACACAGAACUGAUGAUCCAGGUUGAAUUUUAAAUUUUGUCAGAGGUUUUACCAUCUUACCAUCCACAGAGCGCUACUUACUGGUAAACAAAUCCAAAAUGGCAUAUACCAGCAGAGUUACAAUACAUCCAUGCAACCACACCUUUGCGGUACAAAAAUUUAGAUGGUUCUAAAGAGCGCUCACACCAUGUGGUCAAAUUUACCCUACAAAACUUUAGACGGUCAUGCUGUUCACAUUGUGCCAAUUGAAUUUUGGACCAAACUGGCUUAAAAUUUUACCUGGAGUCUAGCAUUCAAAUUUUUGAAGGGCUAGGCGUUAAAUUUUCAUAUGGUUAGCUUGGUUCCAUGUGAACGAAGCACCCAAACAAACAAAUUUUUAACUGGUCAAAAAUUUGUCCGAUACCUUGUGAAUGUAGCCUAAAUCAAUAAAGAAGAUAUCAAUAGACCUUACAUUUAAUUCCCCAUAGCAUGAAAAUCUUUUUUUGAUAUGUCUAAACUUGUUCAGAUCAAGUUCUUCACUACAAGGCUAGACAUGCCAAAUGUUUUGCUUUUAUACAAAAUGUUGGUCAUAUGAUAAAGGUUUAUAGAGUGUUUUUACAUGACAUCACAUCCACCAUAUUUGUGUCCCAAAAUACUAAAACACAACCCUGUCGGUGUCCCAAACCAAUCCUCUAGGAGUUGGACUUUUUCUUACGUAAAAACUUUCUUUUGUUCCAAUAAAAGUUAGUCACUUUUUUUUAACUGAAAAUGCUUAUUGUCCGGGUAAGGUAAUUGUACCACUAUUAUAAACUAAUAUAAUAAUUAAAUUUUUCGUGAUAUUAGUCAAUCAAUAGUGAAAGUGAUAAUCACAUUAUAUUUUGUGCCCAAAGUUUUAGAUGUUCAUUAAUUUUACCAUUUUCUUAUGUUAGUCUUUUUUCCUCUCUGAUUGCUGAUGUUUUGUCCAAGCUCGUAUAACACUUGAACAGCAUGCCCAUUCAGGAUCUUCCAAAGAUUGCAUUGGGUGCACAAAACCGGCAAACUAAUAUAAUAAUAAUACCAAAUAUUACAGUCACAAAGCAUCUUAAAAUUAAUGAAUGUCUUAAUUUGAGGAUAUUGGCAGCUUCUUUUCUGUCAUGCAGGAUAGUUACAACAAUGUACAAGUGAUAAGUAAUGACUUUGUUUACAGCAUGAUUUGGUCAUAGGGGGGAUUUAGCCACCUCCUUUUGGUGACUUCCAAAAGCAUUAUUAGUGUAAGCCUUUUAAUGAACACACACUGCUAGUGGGCAUUUCUUGCUGUGAUUAUUUUAAAAAACUCUUCAACUGUUCUGUUAUUGACCAUGCAUAAAAUCAAUUGCUGUUUUGAGAGUUGUAUGGCUCAAUCUCUCUGUUAAUACCAAAUCUACAUGUAGUAAGUGAUAGUUAAUGAAAAAAUCAUGUCAUGUAACCUCAGGAAAGGCAAUGAUGGUGUUCAGAAGAAAAUCAAAGGGUGCCUACAGCUAACUCUUGGAUUAAUUAUUUUGGAAUUGAAAGCUGAUAAUGAACUUGCAAUUAGUCUACUGGUAUAUUUUAAGUCUGAAAAAAUAUGAAAAUAUGUUUUAAGAAAAAACAGGACAAUACAAAGUGACCCAAAAAAAAGGAAAAAAAGUUUCUUUCGGCAGGAGUCGAACCCUGGACAUUCAACGUGAAAGGUUAACACAUAAUUUAUUGCGCCACGAAAAUUAAUGUUAAAUAAAGUCAUUAAAUUAAUUAUUUUUAACAUUUUUGCCCAUGAAAUUCUGCUGGUGGACGCUGUUUGAAGCUGGUAGAGCUUUAUUUAUGAAGAAUUGAAAGAUAUAUUUGAGGAAAACAAUCAUGGUUUUGAUGGUAAAAGCCAUACUUGAACUCAUUUUGCUGCAUUUGAAGAACUUAUGGCUGACAAAGCAAUAUUAAGUGUCUUACAAAACUGUCGUGUAGUCUCUUGCUGACGGCGUUGUACAGCUUGCAUUUCUCUGCAUUUACGUACAUGAGGAGAAUCAAUUACCAUUCAGCAACAGCAAACAUUUCCGUUUUUAUUCAACUGAGGAAACAUUUCAUUUCAGAAUGAUAUUUCCCUAAAAACCAUGAGAUUGGGAGUCUUUUCUUGUCGUGAGAAAGUUAAAAAAUGAGACCCACAUGAGACUCACGCUAGAAUCGAGAGAAUUGUGAGCUUGGACCAGCUUGGGGAUGAGUCAAAGAGCAACUGCUGAUCCCUUCGUCAUGUUUAUUGCCUGGACAAGUCAAAAAGCUUCAAAAGUUCAUAAAUUUCUGUCUCAAAGUUGGCCAUAGUGCUAGUUUAAAACAUUCAAAGUCCACAUGGAGACAACUUAUCGUCCUGUGGAAGGUGCAAAAUCAUAACAUGAAAAGCUCUGGGCACAGUGCGUACUCAGCACUAAUUAUGAACGGUGUCUACACCUGAGUGACACAUUUGCAUAUUGCAGUGCCCACAAUAACUCGUUGGUUAUGGUACAUGUGAUCCCCAAGUUAAAAAGUGACACCUGCUGUAGGCAGGUGUGGCACUAAUGUUCUUACCAUCUUUUGACAUCUCCUGUGAUCCAUUACGUAACAGUUAUACCAUGACAUGAUAUCUGUUGCAGAAAAAUAUUCUUUAACACCAACAAUUUUUUGCAAGUUAAGAAGAGCUUUCAAAACCCAUUCAGAUCCUGUUGUCAGUGACGUUUGCUGUUAUUCACAGCCUUUUUUUGAUGAGGCUGCAAAAUUGUUCCGUAAAUUGGGGGAAGGUACUAGCACUGAUCAGGGUUCAUUGCCAGUUCCCAAGUAUACGUAAAAUAAUGUUCAUGACCUCGCAGAUCUUGUGUGUAAGGAGGUGGUUUUCUUGGCCAUUUUUCUGGCCUGGCCAUAAACAUUCAUACUUGGGGACUGACUAAAUUUCUUUUUCAGCUUCAAAUGCUGGGUUAUGACAUCAGCUGGGCUGCAUUUAACAUCAUUGAGGUGAUGAGCUCAUCAAAGUUUACCUUCAAGGUGAGCUUACAAUGUACAGUGUUCUCCUAGCUUACUACACUAUAGAGUUCUGAAAGUAAUGAUCCUCAAAUACCUUCGCAUUUAUCAUUCGGAGUGUCGCUACUUUUGGCAUUUGCUAACACCUGUGAAAUUUUAUCUCUACUUUUAGAGGGUUGUUACUUUUGGUGCGUCAUUACUAGUCUUUCAGAACUUUACAGGCAUGCAUUUACAUAUUUAAACCAAAAAGGUUACAAAUGUAUCUCCUUGGUGUAAUUCAAAGAGCUGAUCACAUUAUUUUUUUUUUUUAUGAGCUACUAAUCCCUUGUACUUCCCAAGUAAAAUUGCAGGGAUUUGCUGUAGAAGCACCUAGUGGUGGCUGGUGCAUUACUUUUGCUCUUGGGCGACUAGGGAAACUGAUUUUUUUUAUAAGAAGCAAGCUGGCAUGGGCAUCCUGGAUUCCCCAAUUUAAGAGCACUGAGUUCUCUUCCAUUUUUCUUAAUUAGAGCACAGCCUUGAAUUGUUUCAAUCUUUAACAGCUAUAGUUUUAAGCAUUAUAGUUAAUGAAAAUAGGCAAGAUCUUUGAAAAAUAACACAACCUACCCCUUUACAUGUAAUUUUGAUAAGAAAAAGUUUAAGCAAAGGUGGGCGUUAAAUUUGGGAGAGGAUCUAAUUUUGAAGGCCAGGGAGGAAAUGGAGUAUUCUGAAUGACCAACUUGUUGAGUCUCAUUAUACAUCUCAUACAUGUAUUUUCAUUCUCUUUCUUGAGGAAAAUACAGUCUCCUUUUCUUGUUUUGCUUACUUUUUCUGUUUUUCUGUUCAUCAGAGAAUUGGUUACCUGGCAGCAUCCCAGUCAUUUCAUGAAGAGCUGGACAUUCUUAUGCUUACAACUAACAUGAUCAGAAAGGUGAGCAGAUAAUUCUUAAGUUUUAGUCCUUUGUUUUCUGUGAAUAUAAGCAGGAGUUGUCAUGUCCCAGCUUUGUUCCUAGUCAUCCGUGGUGAGUUUGGAUGUGAUGCACCAGCAAAGAUUGUCAGAAUGCUUGUUAUAAAAAGGAAGAAUCAAGUAGAGCUUCUUCAUUUACCAUUAUGAAAGGAAAUAAAACAGUCACCACAUUUCAAUGUUUGGAGUGGAUGUAUUUUAAUCAUACAUUUGAAAAUAUUCCAUGAUCUUCACAAAAAAGCAGGUUUAUGAUAUGAAGGAAUUAUUAGUGGAUUUUCCUCCUGCUCCCUUCCCCCCAAUUAUUUUCCAUUGAUAUAUCCAUUGAUAUAUCAGUAUGACUGGGACCCGGUUUCAUUGAUGUGGAGCUCAUAGCUGGAAGGCGUGGUUUACCAGCCAUGGGGGCGUAACUCAGUCUAAGGGCUGACUUUGCCAAAAGUGGAAGCUCUCGGAUAUUAUGGGCACCCACCUGCACUUAGCGACGCAGUUGUCAAAGCUUGGUUAAACUUAAUAAACAUAUAGCUGUCAGUAGCAUUCUGACCAUGAGUAUGUUUGUUUGUUAUACUUUAUUAUUUGUAACUCUUUAUGCAGGACCUUUGCAGCAUGAACGUGUAUGAUGCUGGCGUGUCACUUGCUGGAUUUUCAUGUUUUGUGACAACAGACUUAGCUAGAGAUUUGGCUAAUGAUGUCAUGUGCUUGGUGAGUUUUCUUGGCUAGUUCAACAUAAAGGAUAGGAUAGCCAGUUGACUUUCCAAAGUGUAGCAAAUGAGUUGUCACAGCUGUGUUUUAGUAGCAGCUGGUGGCACCUAGUUACUUCUGUAGUUUGCUUUUCAAAAACAUGCAAACUCUCUUGCUGCCAUCAAUCAUCCUAGUGGACCUCUUAGAAAACAGAAGUUUACUUCAACAAGUUCAGAGGUUCUUGGUUUGUGAUUCGUGAUUGAUGAAUUUUGAUCUGUUUUGUUAGUUUCUGUGUUUUAAGGUUCACUGCUUGUGAUCAUAGUUAUGAUUGAAGGCAGUGAAAAACACAAUCGUGAAGUUGGCUUUUAAACUUCAAAGUUUGUAUGUUAUUCAAAAGUGCAAAGCCAUAAGGUGACUAGAAACUUCAGUUUUAAAUGCGUUUAAAUGUAAUUUAACUAAAUUAGCAACAAAGCAUGAGUAGUUGAGUGGUUGAUGCCUUUGGAUAAUUUUUGCAUGGGUCUUUCAGUCUUGUAAUGCCCAUCAGCCUUGUGGUACUGGUGUUUGGCUGGCUUUCUUUCCAACCCAUUUAUAUUGGUUUCCUAAACAACAGUUUCUAGUUUGAUUCCCCAUGUCUAUGGUAGGUGCCCCUGGUAUACCUGUAAAUUCUCCCAUCUUUAUUUUCCACUAGCUUGUGUCCACCAAACCUUACAUCAGGAAAAGAGCUGUCUUGCUGAUGUACAAAAUAUUUCUCAAGGUAACAUUGCACAGUGCAGUACAGUGCAUAUUUAUUUUCUUUAAAUUUCAAACCUGCUUCUCUUGUUGUUGUUGUUGUUGUUUUUUUCAUUUUCCAUUAUCUCAGAUCAUAUUAUAAAGUGAUACUGCAUUGUUUCGUUAGACAAAUACCCAGGCCACAGUUGUUCAAAAGUUGGAUAGCACUUUCCAACGGAUAAAACACUAUUUUUUUAAAUCUAUAUAUGGUAACUUUCAUUGUUGUGGUUUAUUCCAGUUUCCAGAAGCACUUAGGCCUGCUUUCCCAAGGCUGAAGGAAAAGCUUGAAGAUUCAGAGCCUGGUAAAAAACAUUUACACAUAUCUUUUGCAUAAAUAAGAAAAAGAAAUGGAGCAAAUUAAGUCUUAACUCACCAAAUAUUAAACCCAUCGCCAAUAGAUGAUCUUGGGCACUAGCACAAUUUGUUUUUCUCUCUCUCAUUCACACAAUUUUCCAAGAAACUUCAAUGGAAAUGGCAACAAAACUGUAAAUGUUGUUGCAAAAAAACAAAUGGCCAAAAGUUUUCCAUGGUAUGUACUUUUAUUGAGAAUGGAAAUGAUGUCAAAAUGUUCAAAACUUUCCACUUAAGUUUUGAACUCUUUGAUGUCAUUUCCAUGCUUGACAAGAGUACAGACCAUGGAAAAUUGUCAAGGCGAUUUCUUAAUGAGCCAGUGCUGGUUAUCUUUACUUCAAAGUCAUUGAUUAUUUUGUGUCAUCUUACCACAGGUGUCCAGUCAGCAGCAGUGAAUGUGAUUUGCGAGUUAGCUCGUAAAAAUCCAAAGAACUACUUAUCACUUGCACCAUUGUUUUUCAAACUGAUGACAAGUUCCACUAACAACUGGAUGCUUAUCAAAAUCAUCAAACUGGUUAGUAUCAUUAAGUUAUUACUAACGAUAGAACCUCGAUAUAACAAGGGACCAAGGGACUGACCAGUACGUUCACUCAAGUAAUGAGGUUUUGUUGCCUGAAGGUUCUUUUCCUUAUAUUUUUACUACCACUGGGGCGAAGAAUAUCAUUCCUUAUACAGAGGACUUAGUCAUAAAGAGGUUCAUUAUCUUAAGACUGCUGUGGCUCAGGUUUGGAAACUGGAGGACUCAUCAUAUGUGGGUUGGGUUUGUCGUUGACUCUGUUCAUUGCUCUGAGUGGUACUGGUUUUUCUCUGUCGCUCUGGUAUUCUCCUUUAAAAAUCCAACAGUUCCAGGGCUGUGCUCUAACAGAGCCCGGUGGCCCCUGGCACCUAACUUUUACCCUCGGGCGACUAGAAAAUCUCAGAUUUUUCAUACAAAUCAUAUGCUGGGCACCCUAGAUUUUACAGUUUCAGAGCACUGGGCUCCCUUCAAUUUUCCUUAGAGCACAGCCUUGAGUUCCAUGUUCUUAAAUGCAACAGUUCCAUAUUCUUCCAAGAACUCCUACUUAAGGUUAUGUUACACAGGAUGAUUUUCAAUGAAGAUUUUUAGUGCAACGCUAUCAACAUUGUUACAACAAUUUUUCGAAUAGCUGCAAUAUUGUUCCAACGUUGCGAGACUUUGUCGUGCUUAAAAUCAUCCUUGAAAAUGAUCCCAUGUAACAUCACUUAUAUUGCAUUGUAUUUCUCAGUCUUGUCUGAUAAUAUUAUUGCAAGCUUAAGAGUCUUGGGUCAAUUGACAAUAAUUAACAAUUAUUCGCCGAAUGCGAAGUUAAUAUUGUUGAAUAAUCCCCGAGACGAAGUCGAGGGGAUUAUUCAACAAUAUUAACUGAGCCUGAGGUGAAUAAUUGUUUUAGUAUAUUCACACGAAGUGAUCUCAACAGAAUCAGAAAGGAAACCAUUGAAAAACGAUUAGUUUGAUUGACGGGUGAAAAUUCAUGCGUGAACAUGAAGCCGUAAACAGUGGAUGCACAAAAGUUAGAUCUUUACAGUAUCUUCAAACAUGGCAAAUGAUAGUUUUAAUCCUUUUGUAUCGAGUUUUGUAAGCUUUAGCAUCAACGGUUUAAAAGAAAACGCCGAAAAUUUAAAUUACUACCCAAUUCUGAGGAGAAAAGUAUCUAGAGCUUUAUUUGUUUCUGUCCACUCACCAUGAAUGAGAAAGUUUUCUUCAUCGCUUCUUACAAAUGCUGUCAACAGCGGCUGCGAUCAAGGUGAGCGUUGUUUAUCUCCAAAGUUCUUUGCCUUGUUAACUUGCUGCCACGUACAAUUUUCGAAAAUAUUUGCCUUCCUCUCUUCUCCAUAAAUUAACUUCUAUUUAUAGGCAAAAUUGGUCUUGCGAGAAAAUCCCGAAAUCACAAAACAGUGACAAAGCGACCUCGUUUUCCUCUGUAGUGGUAAACAUAGCUUCGAGCGUACAAAAAGUCAGCUAAAGUAAACCACUUCACAAUAAAUCACGCUGUUUAAACACCAUGAAGUCUUUUCUUGCCUUCAAAGUCAUCAGCACUUGAAUAUUCGUGUAUUUUCAAAAAGGUUUUACUUUGAACUUUUGGCAAAACACCCAGUUCACGACAGCGAUUUUGUUUGGCUUUAUAUUCACCGCCUAGCGCGGUGAAUAUAUCGUCAUAGUCCGAGAUAGCUAACCAAUCAGAUUGCUUGAAUUACCAAGAUCACUGAGUGUGUAUAUACUAAAUACUGAUACAAGCACAACAGCAGCAAUGUACAUGAAUGGGUCACAAAGACAAAAGGAAAAACAUUAUUAUUUGAUUCUUGUCCUUGUGCUUGCAUUUGUGCUUAAUCUUAUAUCUAGGCCAUUUUCACUGUGAAAUAAGAAUUUUUCUGUUAACUAUCAGGGCUGUCAAGUUGGCAGACAUAUGCAAUUAGUAGGCGGGGGAUUAAACAGUUGUGAAUUUCUUUUGGUUCCAUUUUCCUCUUCCUUCUCAUGAAUGUAGCCAGCGGUCAUGCCCAUAAUAUCUGGUGCAAAUCCCUGGCCAACAGCCCCCAAGCCCCCCUGGCCCCCGCCCCCCCCCGCAGCUCCCACCCGUUAGUGACAGCCUGACUAUGCAUAAAAUAUCUUGGCUCAGGCCUUCGAUCCACUAUGAUCCAUGUCACUACAGGGGCUAGAAAAGAAAGCAUCUCUUGAUGACUCAAAAAGGAUUUUGCAUUGUAGAUUUUUCUGCAUUUAUAACUUUCUAGAGAUCAUGGGUGAUUUAGGGCAUUUUUCGUUGGGUUUCUUCUAUUAAUGAUUCUUUUUUAAUUCUCUUGCAGUUUGGAGCGCUUUGUCCUCUUGAACCAAGACUGGGAAAGAAAUUGCUGGAGCCAUUAACAAAUCUAAUUCAUAGGUAAAAACAAUGUGUUUAUCUUGAUCUGAAGAUGAUACUGUUCAGUGGUGGAUUUAUGCUGCUGGAUAAAUCUUACAGUUAGCUUUACAUAAGCAGCUAUGGAUGUUUCUUUCAUUUUUAAUUUAGACAGUUAAAAAUGAUCGUCAUCAUCUUCUGAAAACUGUGAUAUUGAGCCACCUUUCAUUAUUGUGUUAUUGCAUCAAAUUAAGCAAACAGGAGUAGGUUAUCAGUGACAUCUUAGAUGUGAAGUUUUAUUUCCUUGCAGCACAUCAGCCAUGUCUUUGUUAUAUGAAUGUAUCAACACAGUAGUAUCAGGUAAGGAAUGGUUUACGAAAAUGGUACAGAUUUUACUUGAUGUUAUGCAGGUGUACUAAAUGUUAUGCACUCUCCCACUGCAAACCCAUUACACAUCUAAAAUACAGUAAUUUUGUUGUCACUUUGGCCAUGCGAUAGGGCAGACAUUUUUACAGGCAAAUUUACGUGUUUUGGAGACUAAAAAAUAGGUUUUGUAAGAUUGUUGACAAGUUUAAAUUUCAGAUACAUUAUACAUGUUUUACACAUAUUUUAGAACUAAAAAUGACAAAACAAAAAUUCAUGGCAUAUACACUUAUAAGGCAUAUUUUGCAUAUUAUGCAAAUGUUUUCAGUUUUUCAAAUAUUGUUGUUUUUUGCAUUGACACAAAAAUGUUAAUUGUUUUAAACAUUUGAUAUUAACAAUUCUUUAUUCUCUGGUUCCUAGGAUUACCUCACCAUACAGCCUCUAUCCAGGUAUAAUACUCGCUUUUAAUGCUACUUAAAUUGACCAUGUUUUGAAAAUUUGCUGAGUUUAUUAGUGGAAUUGAUAUAUUUUUGUUUUCACUAAUUCCUUGACAUUCAUAUUAUGAUACUUAUUUUGCUUUUUCUUUAGCUUUGUGUCAGCAAGUUGCGGAUUUUAAUUGAAGACCCGGAUCAGAACUGUAAGACAUUUUGAUUGUUAGGGGCUAUCGUAACGAUACCACAAUGACUUAAGGCUUGUCUAUCACUAGUGACAGAGUCGGAGUUGGAGAUGUAAUUGGAGUCAUAAGAGCGCUUAUGACCUAGUGAAAAUCAAAAAUCGGAUUCUUAAACAGAGUUAUAAGCGCGACGGAAUUGGACUCAGAAGAAUCAGAAGGUUCCAUUUUCUUCAGACUCCACUUACGACUCCGUCGCUUACAUUUUGUUUAUUAUCUAGUGAUAGAGCGAUUUUCGUAUGACCUUAAAAUAUAAAUGAGCAAACAAAACAGAAACAACAAACGAACUGAAAGAGAACGAUUUGAUUGGUUUAUGGAACGGAUACAAAGGCGCGUGGCUUUUGGUUGGCUAAGCGAACACUCGGGUGAAAAAACAUCAUGCCCGAGAACUUCCUAGAAAUCAAUCGGUACUUCGCUUUGACAUCAUACUGCCACACGAUUGGCCAAUCGAACAAUGCCUUCUCCAUAUUAGGGUUUUCUUUGGCGGGAAAACAAAGAGGGCUUGUUUUGAUCUUUUCAUCCAUUGGCUGAUAAAACAAAUAGCGAACACUCACCGAAACCAUUUUUCAAGGUCAUAUGAAAAUCACUCGAACCAGAUUGUCAGAGUCAGAAGUAGAAGCGGAAAGAUAAACCAAUCACAGUACACAUUCCCACAUGUUGUGUUUGGUUUAGUUCUUUUGCUUCUGCUUGCGACUCCGACGACCCAGUUUUCACUUGAUCGUAAAUGACACAGUCAUAAGCCGAAUCACAAGACUCAUAACGCUGUUUGCACUAGAUCAUAAAGUUCUAUGCUUUGGAUUACGACUCCAGCUCCGACUCUGUCACUAGUAAAAACCAGCCUUACAUUUCCAAAGUCAGAGUGAGUUCCAUUCCUGAAUGAAGUUUGUACAUGUACUGCAUUCACAUGCCAAAAUUGACCAGCUCAGCCUAAAGUGGUUACUAAUCCACACUACACUAGGCCUACUUUUACUGUACUUAUAUCUGUGAUGUGACAUAACCAUUAUUUGACUGUCAACAUUGAUUUUCCUUUGUAGUGAAGUAUCUUGGUCUGCUUGCUAUGUCAAAAAUCCUGGCUGUGAACCCCAAAGUUGUACAAGGGCAUAAGUAAGUGACUUUUAAUAAUAGCUGGCUCCGCAAGCAAGCAAGCAAUAUAAAGCAAACACUGUCUUCUGACUUGCUAACCGGCCAAGCAGGCAUGAUGGGCCUGGCAUGUUCACUACAUUUAGGAUCACCCACUUUGCUCCUGCUUUGUUUGGUGUUGUGUUUUAUAGACUAAAACAAAGCCCAUAGAAAGUGAAUAAAGUAUUUUAAAAAUAGAAAAUAACACUGUUAGGAGCAUAUUAUUAUUUUUACAAGUACUGCUCACAGUUAGCUGAAUGUAGUUUUAAUGUUCCUUGGUGUCUAUCUGGUUUUCCAAGCUAGCAAAUCAAAAUUAGCAAAUAAAUGUAACGAGAAUUCUAGCAAAUACCAUACAUAUAUAGAUCAUACAUCACCUUUGUUUAUCCUCAAAUUUACAGUGUAGCUCUUAAAGCUAAUGUCUCCGAGAUAGAGGAAAAUAAAUAUUUAAUUUAAGUACUCAUUAUCCUAAAAAAAAAUAAUAAAAUAAAAUAAAAUAAAAGGAAAUAUAGCACUAUACGAAAAGAAUUUGCUUUCUGAUUUCAGAGACAUAGUGCUGCAGUGUCUGGAUGACAAGGAUGAAUCUAUUAGACUCCGAGCUCUGGAUCUUAUCGUUGGGAUGGUAGGAAAUUCACACCAUUAAAUUUACCUUUCAACUCAAAAACAAAGGCAAUAAUUUAUUAGAGUUGAAGAAAAUCCCAAAUUCAUGUCAGUUGCCGCUAGGUGUUUUCUGUAGAUUGAGUUUGCCUUCUAAUUUGGAAAUGAGCCUUAGAGAUUCUCCAGUGUGUUCUUUGGAGACAGUGCAAGAAAUAAGUUGUGAACUUGUGAGAGUGUGAGAUAGGUCUUAAAAUCGUGAGACUCACAACAAAGUCGUGAUACUUGGCAAGUCUGGAAAUGUAGAGUAUUGGCACUGUUCUAAACAACCUCUCUUCCUGUAGGUUUCUAAGAAGAAUAUAAUGGACAUUAUCAAGAAGCUGAUGGUGCAAAUUGACAAGGCCGACAGUCAGAGUAAGAAUUAUUAAAAUUAUUAUUAAUCCUCAAAUCAACAUUAUAUUUACUUCUUGUUUUUUUUUAACAGAGCAGUUGAAAUGUUGUUUCUUGUUAUUGUUAUCAUUAUCAUUACUAUAAAAGAAACUUUGUAUAAGAUUUAUUUUUCGAAUUAUUAAUUUUCCUAUGUGCUCUUGUUUGUUCCAGCAUACUGUGAUGAGCUCCUUUCCAAGAUUGUAGAGAUUUGUAGUAUGAAUGACUAUCACUAUGUCACAAACUUUGAAUGGUAAAAAAGCUGUUUUUUUUCCUUUUUUGAUAAAGGGAUGGCAGUGAUUAUGAGUAUUGUGAAGGCUCAGUGACAAAUUUAAGUAGUAAACUAAAUUCAUUGUGUUCAUGAACAGAGAGGGGGGAAAUUUGAUUCUCAAACAUCAACUGGUCAAACCAGCAAGAUAUAAAAUUAACUCAAAGGCUCUCGAUCAGUAAAGUAUGUCAGAAUUUCUACAGUUAUUGUAAAAAAAAGAUCCCAUUGUAAGAAACGCUAGUACUGACCAAGAAAAUGAGAAAGAAACAAAGUUCUGUUUAUCCUUCUGCCAACCUCUUAAUUUUAACGCUUUAAGCCCCAGUAUCCACAUACAAAUUCUCCAAACUGAUCUGCAUACACUUCCUUUAAGAAUAAGUUGAGAGAAUUUAAUAAAACAUCAAGGCAUUUUCUCUUUCAUGAUCAUUUUUUAUAUUCUUACAACCUUAUCUCUUGACAAUGUAUGGACAUUGUUAGGAGAAAAUUGCUGUUGGUCACCAUUGGGACUUAAAGGGUUAAUCAUGUUCUCUGUUGUCUUGUGUCUACUGUAGGUAUAUUGAUGUACUGGUGCAGCUGACAAGAGUGGAAGGAACAAGACAUGGCAAACUGAUAGCUUCACAGAUGAUGGAUGUCACUAUCAGAGUCAAGGCUAUACGUCCUUAUGCUGUUCAAUGCUUGGUAAGUCUGUUAUCACCAGUACUGGUCCAAUACUUAGUGUUAAUUUGUUUCCUAAAAUACCCUGUCAUUUAUCUGAACUCAGACAUUACUUAUAAGGACUUCGAGUGAGAAGUGAUGAAGAAAUAUUUUUUCUAUUCUGUUCAUGUCGUUAAAUUUGGCAACUCAUCUGAACUCGAAAAUUGGUCACCAGGGCAGAAAAUUUAGGUGCAAUUUUGUGCCCUUGUAUAUAGGUCCUGUUCUGUACAUUAAUUUGAUUGCAACUGGAUUGAAAACUAUACUUCAUAUGCUAGGUUCUUUACUUUAGAAGGGUUGAACUGUGUACUUUUAUAUUAUGCUUAUUUGCGUGAAAUUUAUAGUAAAUUUAUGUCAGUGCAUCUCAUUCAAUACGCACACUCGUCAGAUUGUUGUUUCGUACGUGUGAAUUACUAUUUAAUGGUUUAUGAUUAUUGUGGGCAUUGUAUAAUAAUAUUUUCUUUUGAGUUUUUUUGCCUUUUGUCAUUUAGUAAAAUGUGUUAACAUUGCCUAGUGAACUCAAAAAUUCCAUGUAAACAGAAAUGCUUUUGUUACAUUGUUUCAGUCUUUGUUGCUGACCAGCAGUGAGCUGAUGUCUGGACAAAUGGAAAAGAACAGAGUUUGUGAAGUACUUUUUGCUGCAGCGUGGAUCUCAGGAGAAUUUUCAGAGUUAGUGAAACUGUGGCUUGAAUAAUAUAUGUUACAAUUCUAGCUUCAUUUUAAAAAAAAUAGUUCAAAAAGCUCCUUUAGAGCGAAGUGUCUCAACUCAUUUUGUCACCGAUUGUAGCUUUUUGAAACACUUUUUUUGGUCCAGUUAUAAGCUGCCCCCUUCAUGAGCCCUCUUGAAACCCCCUACAAAGUUGUAUAAGAGCAGGGCAUAUAAGUGAAGUUUACGGAAGCCUUCCCGCCCAUACAUUAUAGUCAAGGUGGCUUCUAAUCAAGUCCAAUUUCUUUUACCGCCUCUUUUGCUAGGUUUAGUACUUGGCAUACUACCUGCAUAUUCUGUUGCAAUCAACAAUGUGUUUUAAGCUUCUUGCACAGUGAUAAUAAAAGUUGGUUAUGUUGUUGUUUACCAGGCAACUACCAGAUAUCAAUGUCACAUUAGAGGCUAUGCUGCAGCCUAAAGCCACCUCCCUUCCAGGGCACAUCCAAGCAGUGUAUGUCCAGAACAUUGCCAAGUUAUAUGCUAAGCUGCUAGCAAAUCAGGAGGAGGUAAGUUCAUACGAUCGAACCUCCAUGUGUGACCAACUCUAGUAAGCAACCAGUUCCCAUGAGCGAAACACCAAAAUUCUCCCAGUCAAAGCCCCUCCCAAAGAUGAUGACCUCCUGUAAGCGACCAAAACCACUUUUCACAGCUGAGAAUGUAAUAAUUUUCCACUGUUUUUAACCUCUUGCAAGCAACCACAUAAUGCAUGGUGUCAUCUCUAUGUUUGCUGUAUGUACUCUGGUACUUGGAGUAAAAAAUGAAUUUUUAGCCAAUACAUGGAAAUAUCGACAUUGUAACUUAGAAAUUGCCUGCCAUAAAUUAUCUACCAUAAAGUAGAGGCAUCUGGGCUUCUUCUCAGUAGCGAACCCAUGUGGUCGAAUUCCCAUAAGUGACCUUCUCCUGUAAGAGACCACUUAGAAUUUUGAGUGGUCAUUUACAGGAAGUUCAACUGUAGUUUUCAUAAUUUGUUCUCAACCCUUUUUUGUGCAUUUAAUAAAUCCCUAUGACGAUUUGAGGAUAACAUUCUCUUUCUGUUCAAGCUUUGAAAAGAUCGUUUGAGACAGAUUUGUUUUCCUUUUGAAUGGUGAAAUAGUAUUUGUGCUUGCAUGCGUUGCAAGUUAUGAAGGUAGUGCAUUCAUCGAAAUGCGUAAUAAAUUGAGUUCGCUGACUAUGCCACAUGUGAUGGAUGACAGAUUUGCUACUUAUCCUCUGUUGGAAAUGACAAGAAUGGCAAUCAAGAAGACAUCAAUAACUUUGUACAUGCUGUAUUUUUGUUUAUUGAAACUCUCAAUUUUUUAGAGUACUUGCUACCGCCUCACUAAUCAUCAAGACUUGUUAACACUGUAGUUGUAGUCAAGAGACAACAUAGAACAAAUUAAUCUAUAUUCUACCUUUUGUUUUGUUAUGAAGGAUGAAGAUGGUGACACAAAGUCGGUUAGUGAGAUGCUUGUAGAGAAGUUACCCAUAUUUGUACAGAGUGCCGACCUCGAGGUGCAGGAGAGGGUGAGUAAUAUCAGUAAUAUCCAUCAACCCAUGCUACAAAAAGCGAUUAAGAUUUUGUUUUUGUUUGCAAAUGUCCACCAAUGCAAGUUUCAAGGGAAACCAUCAAAAUACACACCACAACAGGCAACAGCACGCGAACGUAAUGAACUGACCUCAAGAGAAUGGCUGUAAAAAGGCCAUGAGCCCCUUUGAUGCAGUUAGGAUGCCCCUGCAUAUCACUAAUGAGUGAGACAGCUGGCCAGCUGAGUUUAUCUCAGCCUAAAUCAUAUUUAGCCACAUAUAAAAAUAACAUCAAAGGCAGUGUCCCUGAUUAGUUCACCACGUGUGGUCUGCCAGGUCUUUUCCGACAGGUUAAUAAAGUUAUUGAUUGAUUGAUUGAGUUUAUUGAUUGAUGCAUUUGUAUCUGUUGCUUUAAUAUUAAUAAUCAUUUCUGUCAUUUAAUUUGUAGGCUAGCUGUAUCUUGCAGCUCAUUAAGUAUGUUCUCAAGUUGCAAGGAAAAGGUAAUCAGUUACCUAAAUUUAUAAUUAUUCCAAUGCAGAAUAAUUUAUACCUGACAUUUUGGCAACAAAAUUAAUACCAUGUACCAAGGUAGAAAAUGUCUUAAGAUACUGGGAUUUCCAAAACCCUGGUUGUGCUUGGUCAGAAAUGAGAACUGUUCAUUAUUGUGCUCAUAAUUAUUGUUGUGCUUAUAAGGAAGUCUUGCUUUAAAUGUUUUAAAGAGAGAAUCCUCUGGGUACAUUCAUUUCCUUUUCUCCUAAAAACUCCACAUUUUUGAAUCCUACAUUAUCUUUACAGUAUGUUAGGGCCUGUUUACAUGGGGGCGGGGGACCCCAGGUAGGUGAGGUAACCCGCGUUGGUGGAUUAACCAGCCCGUCCACAUAAUCUCUCAUUUAAAUUUGAUUAUGUUUUCAUGAUAGGUGGGGUGACCCACCACGGGUUACCUCACGUACGCAAGGUCCCCCACCUCCAUGUAAAGCUUCCCUUAGAUGAAGAACCACACUGUGAGUGUGCUUUUCAACCAGCUUUUGUUUUAAGAAUUGAAUAAGGUAUUCUUUGUAAUAAUUUUUAUUAGUAGUAUAUAAUAUUAAUAGAAUACUGUGUUACUUAGGUGUUGAUUGCUCUGAGGAGGUGUCAUCACUGUUUCGUGGUGAACUAAAUCCAGUUGCUUCAAAAGCACAGAAGAAAGUGCAGGUUCCAGAAGGGUAUGGUUGUUUAACCUUGUACAGCAUUUAUUUCAUUUAUCUUUGUCACGGCAUCAUCUUCUUGUUUGGAUCUCAAAAGUCAGGAGUACUGAGUAGUCCUGAGUUAUAAGACUGUUAUAAGACGUGGUCAUGCUUUUGAAAAGUAGCCAACUUCCUUGCUUGCUCUCAGCUGCACUCAUCAUAGUUACGAGCAGCCUCCUAUUUGUUGAAAGUUUAAAAAUCUUUUUGUUCAGUGUAUACUUUCAAUACUUCUUUCCGCAAAUUUUGGUCGAAGUUAGUAAUUUUGUUUCACCUGGACAUGAUACUUAUACAUAUGGUCCAUUCACACCAACUAAACAUGUUCAAUUAAACCAGGUUUUAAAAUUAAUGAAAAACGGAUGUGGAAAACUGGAACAGUUUUCACACAGUAUUCAAAAGAAAUUCAACAUGUUCUGUAAUUUGCACUAAAUUUGCAGUCAGCUUAGUCAGUAAGCAGCUUUUACAAAGGAAACAGUGUUAAACCGUGUUUAACUUAACAGCUUUAAGCUUUGGUUUGAAUGAGGCUAUAUGGUCCCAGUGACGAACAAACAGUGUAAUUUUUACCUCCUUUAAGCGGACACCUUUUGUGGUCUCUUGGGCUUCAAGAGAAGUUCAACUGUAUCUAUCCACAACAUCUCUAAUGUUCCUUUGAUUAUUUUUUAGACUUGAUCUAGACAAGUGGAUUAAUCAACCCCCAUCAGAAAGCUCAGAGGAGGAGCAGGACAUAGAAACAAUAUUUGACCCUCAUGGCGAACACAAGUAUGGCGCUGAAAAUUAUAACAAAUAAUAUUUUUUUUCUUUUGCAUAUUAUUGAAGGGUUGGCUGGAAUAAGAUUGUAGCUCUUGAUGACACGCCAAAUUCUCCUUUUACUUCUCAAGCAGAUAGAAAGUACUUUGUAAGGAGAAUUAAGCAGUUAUCAGCCAUUUAUUAUGGCUAACCGUUUUCUUCUACUCUGGACUUAAUAGGGCCAUUUAUACGAGGAAAAAUAUGACGCGUCUUACAUAGGACGCGUCUUAAAUAAGACGCGAACUUUCCGUAUAGACGGCACAUUUCGUCUAAAACAAGACGCGACUUAGCUAAAACGCGUCUUAUUUUAGAACAGCCCUUAACACCUGUUCUUAGAUAAGACGCGUCUUAGUUAAGACGAGAAAAUGUAUUGACCUUCAAACUUUUAAGACGCGAACGCAUAGUACGCAUGCGUUGAUUUUUGGCGAGCCACGUUCGAUUGCAGUUGCUACGGGCAACAUUCACAUGAAAACGAGUAAAGAACAGAAAUAAGACGCGAACCAUUUACACGAGCUGUUCUCGUCUUAGAUAAGACAUGCUCGUAUAAAUGGUACAGUUCGCGUCUUAUUUAAGACGCGUCUUAUUUUUCCUCGUAUAAAUGGCCCUAACGUUACAAAUCAUAGGUUUUUUCCUUUGGGUUUAUGACUGGCACAGUUCAUGCAUGUUCGAUAAAUCCAAGCCAGGUCUUUUACUUACAGUACCGACUUUGAACUUGUCUAUUAUAUGGAAGAAGUCGAGAUCUGUAUUUAAAUAUCUUUUUCAGCUUGCAUUCUUUGUAGGAGACCCCACUCUCACAAAGUAGACCUCAAAAAUUGUGAGGCUGACUUAAUUUACCUUGGUUUUAAAAUCUCUCUCAAACUCAAGUACAUGUAAAGAUUCAAAAAUCCAGUAAGAAAAAAGGCUUCAGGUGGACAACACCAUUUUUGAAAUUACCUCACUCAAGGGUAAAUUAGGAAAGAGCGUUGAAUGGGGUCGAAGCGUUUGUCCCCUCGGAGCUGUUGUGCAUGCUCUUAUGUGUCCUUAAGCACUGUGCUUUUUCAGAAAGGUAGUAACAUGACUUAUUAAUUUUCAGAGAAUUGAAACAGAAGCAUGAAUCAGAAGAUGAGGAAGAAAUGAAAAAGGUUGUUAUCAUUCAUGAUUCUGUUGUCAUUGUAUUUUUGCCAUUAAACCUGUUUCUUUCUGUUUGUCCAAACACUUCUUGCUUAGGCCAUAAAUCCUGCUCACAAACUCUGUAUAUUACAGAAAAAUCUCCAAACACAUUUUGUAAGGGGUACGUAUUUACUCGAAUAAGGGCCGCGGCGCUUAUUGAAUUUUUUCAUGCCUAAAACGCGAUGCUUGUUUGAAGGCGGCGUAUAUUUGAGGUAGGAGGCAACAAAGAAUUGUUUUAACUGUGGUAUUACUAUUAUUUAUUUGCGGCGGCACUUCUAAUACUUUUUGUCCGAAGUGUGGCGCUUAUUCGAGGGCAACGGUUACUCAAGCCAAUACGGUACAGAAUAGAGAGCUUUAGAUUUGAGGCCGAGUAAGAGAAUUAACUUUAAGUUUACGCGCGUGUUCUCAAAAAAAGACACCCCGGAAAGCUUCAUUUUACUCUUUUUUCACCUAAAAAGUUAGUUCGGUUAUUUAUAUACUGAAGGAGUUUAAGCCCUCUCCCGAUAGCAAAAUGAUAAAACUCCUCACAUUUGAUAAUUUGUUCCCGCCACUACAACAUUCUCGCUAAAACCCGUUUUAGAAUGACGACGGCUAUCACCAUUUCCCGCCAAAAUGACGCUGGUUCACGCGUGAUUGAUACUCAGUAUUGGAAAAAUCUCGUACUCGUAGUCGUACUCGUCUUGGAAUCUAAAGCUCUGUAAUACGUCUGUGUUGCUGUAGUUAUUGAACGUUUUUUACUUUCCAUGUGUAUCUCAGAGACGCGAACAAAGAAAACAAGAUCAGCUCAGUAAUCCACAUUAUCUAAAGGUGACAGCAAAAGAAGACCUCAAGGUAAUUUCCAUGAAUAGCUUGUCGCCCCUUGCAGCUAUCAUUGUAUUGCCACAACAAUUUUAUAAUGGUGUUAGAAGAGAAUUUCCUACUUGACUCAAGUUCUCAUGGCUUUUUGAAAGAAUGUGUUAAUGUUAUUCUUAAAAUUGAGAUGAUCAGUGUGUCCCGUUUCAGGCAAAGAAGAAAGAGAUGCUGGUAGAUGAUAUUCCAGUGGCAAACUUGGACUUACCAGUAUCCCUCAAGGUGUCAGGAGGUACUUUUGUUACACUGUAUUACUAGUAAUGUUAAGCGUGGAAGAGAUACCCCUUUCUCUCUUAGUUCAUCUCCUUCUACCCCAUUUUCCUUUCCCUUCUUUUCAAUUUCCCAUUCUUUUCUCUUCCAUUUCUCACCUUUUCCUCUUCUAGUUUCUAGCCCCUUCAUUUACAUUCUCCGUCCCUUUUUUCUUCCAGUUCUCAUCCUCUCUCUUCCAUUUCCCACCUCCACUUCCUUUCCUACUCCUUUUUCUUCCAUGUGUUGCCCCCUUCUCAGCCAGUCCCUUUUUCUGUUCUCUUUGUUCCACCUCUUCUCUGCCAGUUUCCAUCACUUUUCACUUACCGUAAAAUUCCGAAAAUAAACCCCUCCAUGUAUAAGACCCCCAAAUAUAAGCCUCCCAAACUCGUAACGCAAAAAAACCCUCCGUUAAAUCGCCCCUCCAAAUAUAAGCCCCCCGGAGGCUUGUACUUGGAAAUUUCCCUCAAAUACAAAGUAAAACAAAGCAUAAACGGUAAAUUUCCUUCCAACUAUAAGGUUAGCCCAAUCGAUUUUGAAACGCAAGUUUCUCUCCAUAGAUAAACCCCUCAAAAAGGGCCUUUGAAAAAUAUAAGCCCUAGGGCUUAUUUUCGGAAUUUUUCCGUAUCUCUUUGUUCUCAUUCCACAAUCUUCUUUGGUCAGUCAUCUUUUACUCCAAUUUGGUUCUCAUCUUUUGUUAAGAGCCCCUCGUUCUAUUUUACGUUUUACCUUCUCAUUGUGACAUAAGACGUUACGCAUUAUCUUCAUUUGAUCUCCAGGUAUAUCUCUUGACAAGAAAUAUGCCUCAAGAAAAGCAAAGAAGAAAAGAAAGAAAGGUAGAAUAUUUACUGGCUCUUCAGCAUUAAGAUUUCCUCUUACAGCUUAACAACCAUUAAGUAUGUAUUUCCAGUUUACCCAGUGUUACUAUUAAGUACACAAGGUCAAGCUCCUUUCAUGUGAGUGCCCUGUUCGUCAUCCGUGUAAUAGGGUUUAUUUAUGUUAGGCUAGCAAUGGUCACUUAGUUACUGAUUGUGAUUCUUUGACUGUCUAUUGCUGGUCUUAUCAGGAGGUUGUGUCAAUUUCCUGUGCUGGGAUAUUAGUAGCAUACCAUACCACAGUAAAUAAUAUCUUUACAUUCAUGAUUUUUUUACAUCAGGUCGAAAAGGGAGCAGAGCUGAUGAAGAAGGGCCAGAUCCUGGAAUUUCAUAUGAGGUUCUUCCUGCUGGUGCUGGAGAGAUGCCAGAGGUUAGAACUUUAUGAUGUUUUAUAAACCCAAAUUGACAUUAACACUGCCCUGAAUUGCUCGCUGGGGUCAUUGCCUGGGGAGGGGAGGCACUCCUUUAUUUGGCCCAAAAGGGUGUGUGCCGCUGAACAUGGUAUGGGUAUAAAUAAAUAAAUAAAUAAAUAAAUAAAUAAAUGAUAAUUUGGAGGUAGCACAUCCACAAAGUGGUUCUUCGUCUACCUGAUUCCUGGUCGAAUUGGAAUUUGUAAAUGUUGGUUUUUGAGGAGAGGGGAAAACCGGUGUACCCGGAGAAAAACCUCUUGCAGCAAAGGAGAGAACCAACAACAAACUCAACCCACUGCGCCAUCCCUUGCUUCCCAUAAAUAACGGGAAUUUUGAACUAAAAAUCACAUUCACUUUAAAGUUUUGUGUUUGUUUUGUUUUGUUUUUGUUUUUCUUUUUGUCAGGGAGCUGCGGAAUCUGAUCACGAUGAUAAAGAAAAUGAAGAGUCAUUCGACGCUGCAGCUGAUCCUCAUAAGCUGUUAAAUGUUGACCUUAGCAAGUAUGUCUGGCACGGACUUAGCUAGUUUGAUUAUACUGUUGAUCCCUUGACUUGAUUCUUAUCACUGACCAAGGUGCAGCUCUCAAACUCAACAUUGUGAAGUUUCAUUGACAGAGUCAAAAUUUAGAACGAUCUCGUCCAGGACAGCAAACAGUACCGUAGAAAAGUACUUCUCAGUCUGAGCUUUUUAAAUUUUAAUUUACAUAAUUCUUCAGAUCAUACUCAGUCUCAUCCAAUAAUUGCUAGUUAUUGCGGGCGUCUAGGGUAGCCCACAAUCCUAUUCACCAGGUUGCUAUUGCGCGCAUGACCGGCACUUAUGUAGCCAGCAUGUACUUGGACUUCCACCAAGAAUGAAUGGAAUGCACAGAACGCAAUCUGGUCUUUCGCGUUUGGACCUUCUCAUCACUCGUAAUCUGAUCACGCGCAUUUUGACCCUAAAUCACGUGAAACUAACGCAAAGCACUGUAAUGGAGCAAAACCAUUUUGUUGCAUCGAUCUAGCCCGCACUCCCCGGUUUAUUACUGGUGUUGUAGAGAUAUAAGUUAGAAGGGUAGAAGUAAUAUAGGAUCGUUUAUUUACUGUUGUUGUGUUGUGACAGACCACUAGAAGCACAUGAAGCUCUCCCCGUUCGUCAACAUCGCACUGUUACUGAGAAACAACCUACUGAUACUAUUGAAAGUGAAGAGGUUAGUGAUAUUGUCAUACUUCUAACCUGAUUUACUCCUUUUACUGAAGAUUGUUGAAAUUCAAAGUUCAGAAUACUUAAAAAUUAGUAUUACCGCGUGAAAGUACUGCUAAAGAGGUGUCGUUUGAAUGGUCACACCACAGGAUUUCAUCCACAGACUCAAACGUUAAAACUACAUACCAUAUAAAUAAUAGCAUGUAAAAGUACUGUUGAAGAGGUGUCAUUUGAAUGGUCACACCACAGGAUUUCAUCCACAGACUCAAACGUUAAAACUACAUACCAUAUAAAUAAUAGCAUGUAAAAGUACUGUUGAAGAGGUGUCAUUUGAAUGGUCACACCACAGGAUUUCAUCCACAGACUCAAACGUUAAAACUACAUACCAUAUAAAUAAUAGCAUGUAAAAGUACUGUUGAAGAGGUGUCAUUUGAAUGGUCACACCACAGGAUUUCAUCCACAGACUCAAACGUUAAAACUACAUACCAUAUAAAUAAUAGCAUGUAAAAGUACUGUUGAAGAGGUGUCAUUUGAAUGGUCACACCACAGGAUUUCAUACACAGACUCAAACGUUAAAACUACAUACCAUAUACAUAUUAACAUGUAAAAGUACUGUUGAAGAGGUUUCAUUUGAAUGUUUACAGUAUAGGCUCAAAAAUUAGAAUACAUACUAAAUUAAACAAAAAGUAACAUGUGAAAGUACAGCUGAAUUUCUUUCACGCAUUUCAAUGGCCUCACUGUAAGGUUUUAUUUCAUAUAAUUUUACGGUUAUCCCCUGUCAGUUUGUUCAUUCUCGAAAGUUAUGACUAAUUUAUGGGGGUUGUUAUGUAUUUCCAGGAGCACAAAUCCAAGAGACAUGGCAAAGAUAAAAAGCACAGGCAUAGAAAAGACAGUGAGGGAAAAAAGGUUAGCUAACUUUUAGCUUUCUUAUCACAGUCGAUCCAAAGUGACAGACCUGCCUCGUACCUAGACGCCUAUACGCGUUGGGGAACAUGGGAAGGUCACGGAUUAACGCAAAGGACUAUGGGAAGGGUCAGGUAGCAAAAAUUAGGUGGUGAGUCCACUUUCCGCUUCUCCCAAGAUGCGCCUCGAAGAUUUGAUCUCCAAACUUGUCGUCGAUUCUCUGAAGUCCUCCACAAUGUGCCUGGGUAUGGAAGUCCUCAUUACAUAGGUAUUGAGGACAUCUUGGCCAAAACGCCAUGUUGUAGUCUUUUUAGAGAUGUUCAAAUGAGUUGAGGAAUAUUUUAGUGCAUCUCGUUUUUACAGUUGUUGUCGCAAUGUUCAGUGCAAUUUGUAGCCCAAAAACACAAAGGUAUUGCUUGAAAACAGGACGCAACGUAGUGGUGAUAUUUUGGGAAACUAGAGCAAAUGUUGCUCUUGAAUCACACAGAAAUCCCUGACAGCAAAAUCGCAUUGUCACCUCUUGUAACAAUGUAUUCGACUGAAUUAAAGGAAUUACGUCCAUUUUCACACGGGUACGUCAGCAAUGUUUUAUUGCUGUAAAUACGACUCAAGCUCAACAAUUACAAACCAGAAUGUCUUUUCACGCCUUCAGCCUCUUGAUUUCCUCUGGCACGGUUACCCUGAACUUUCUUCCAGGCCGCGGUUGGUAAAACGUUGGGUAGCGCUAUCGAACGGUGAAAUCACUGUCCAUGGAUAAGUAUUAGGAAAUCCAAUUGCGUUAUCUACUGAAUAGCGAUUUAUCAAGCGGAUAACGUUAUCUACCUUUUGAACAACUGGGGCCAGUUACAUUGACAUGGGAACAUUCAUUUUCUUAACUCUGUCCUUUUCAGGGUAAACACAAGCAUAGAAAAGAUAAGGACGAAAAAGACAAGAAGACUAAACAUAAACACCACCAUCAUAAGGAAGAAGGUAUUUUGUUUUAAGAGGAACGUAGUUAUGGUAACAGCUAAAAUUAUACUCUCUCAAAGAUGAAAACACGACGACACCGGCCACAAACUUGCGUCCCAACUGCCAUAAAAACCUCUCUGCUACGGUAGUAGUAGUGGUGAACUUUAUUAACGUGUCAAGAAUCUCUAGCGCAUAGCACUAAUUGGUGACACAAAUAAAAGGUAAAAAUUGAAAAUAAUGUUAAAAUAGUAAUGCAAAUAGUAAAAGCUAGGAAAGUUGAAAAUCUAAGUCCUAUUAACACUUAAAAAUGUAUGUAUAUGAUAAGAGGAUAAAUUUUACCUAGUACCACCAUAGGGUCUCAAAGUUAAUUAUUACAAAGCAUGCAAUUUCUACAGUCAUCCUCAAUUAGGGCAGUCAGGUCUGUUCUCCUAAUUUAAUUCCUUCUUGAGUUUCGAACAGAGGAAAGGGCCAUAGUCUUUAAUGAAUGCUUUCCAUAUUUAACCGGUCAUACCAAAGCGAAUGAUGUACAAACUGAUAUUCUCACUGCACCUUAUACUUUGUGUUGUAUACAUGUUUGUUCCUAGGUUUCAUUUGAAUGAUCAUACCGUACGAGUUUAUCCACCGGCUCUAAAGUUAGAACUACAUUCUAAACAAAUAGCAGCAGGUGAAAGUAUUGCCGAAGAUUCAUUUAAAUGGUCACACCAUAGGAUUUCAUCCACAGACUCAAAUGUUAGAGUGGCAAAUUAUCUCAUCACUCUCAGUCUAGGAGUGAAAUGGUUAAGGUUUUGAGCGUCGUGUUUUUUUGCAAUUACAUCGCAGAGCCUGCUUCUCCUGAAGAAAAUCUUAUGUUUAACGGUGAAGUUGAACAUCCCGAGUCACCAACAGAUGAGGUGGAGAAAGGAGAUGAAGGAACAACUCCCCCUAAAGCAGCGACAAAAUUACAAGAUUCUAAACCAGUAAUUGAAACACCGAGCGAUCCUCAGGUAUGUGGCGUGAUCUGAGUCCUCAUAUUUUAUACUUACACUUCAAGCUUUAUUAAGCGGCUAGUAAUCAAAGUGUGGAAGUAACUGUGGAGCAGAAUUGUAAAUUAAAACUUUAUUAAACUGCCAACCAUAUCAAGCGGCUGCGGCCACCUUAUGGCCAUUUCCCUAUUGUUUUCACCUCUUUUAAGCAGCCUUUAAGCGCUUGAUACACUUAGUUUAGCUGUAUAUUAAGAAUGGGAGGAUCAGAAGGAAACUGCAGCCCGAGAUAGAAGGUAUUUGUAUCAAAAUGAAGUUAUGUUUCUGCUAACGAUUAUGCUAAUUUAUGAAGAAGCCCCAUUUUUGUGGCCACUGGCUGAUACUCCGAGGGUGGCCGCUUAAUGGGGGGUCGUCAACUGUAUUUUAAAAGCUGCCAUAAUCAAACAACUGUGCGCAGUUACAAAUGGUGCGAAGAGCAAAACAUGCAUGAUUUAACUGUGAAUGGUGGAUAGUUCUCAGUAGCAUACGUUUAUUAGGCACGUUACAAUGAGAUGCAUCCAUGAUGGAGUACUGUUUUAGAACCUUUAUCAAUCUUUGAUACUGGGAAAUAAAACGUUUGGCCAAUGACACUCCUUUAGAACACCAGAAUCUACUUGUGUCAUAUUGUACGUCAAUCUUUUUUUUCUUUUUUUUUAAUUUUAGGAUGACAUGGAUUUCUGGCUCUCUCCAACUCCAGAAAAGAAAUCUCCUCAGAAGGUACGUUAACCCUUUAAACCCAGAUAUUAAAAUUGAGAUUCUCAUUUACUGUCCCUAUACUCUUUCAAUAGAAGUAGUGGGGAGAAUUUGUUGAAAUAUCAAUUAGACUCAUCUUCCCUGAUCAUGUACUCAAUUCUCAUGACCACUAUGUUUUCUAAAGCGUUGAUAUUAUUAGAAGAAAUUUCAGGCUGAUCUCUCUUAGGGCUUAAAGGGUCAAGAAGCAUUUUUGGCCGUUUUUUCUUAAAAAUUGAUUAAAUUUCUAUACGUUUUAAAACUGUACUACUUGACAAAUAACUGACUGGCUGAUUGAAUGAUGAAGUGACUAACCUGCUGACUGACUAAUUGACUGAUUGAUUGACUGAUGUAACGAUAGACUGACUGGCUGUUUGACUGACCACGGACUUGCUGAUUGACUAACUGACUGACUAAUUGAUAGAUUGAUUGACUGAUAUACUGACUGUCUGACUAACUGACUGACUGGUUGGCUGAUUGACUGACUGGCGUACUCAACGACUGGUUGGCUAACUAACCAGCUAGCUGCUGGCUGGCUGGUUGACUGACAGUUGGACACAGACAGAAUGAUUAGCUGGCUAACAAAUGGACUGAAUGAGCGACUGGUUAGCUCAGUGACUGGGGACUAACUGACAGGCUAGAUGGCUGACUGAUUGUUCAGUUUAAUAGCUGACUGACUGACGGACUGACCAACUGGCUGGUUGGGUGGCUAACUGGGUUUCUAUAAUGACUGACUGAUGAUCUUUCAGCUGUAUGAAGUGAUCUGUAGGCUGACAGACAGACAAGGAUUGAAUACUGACGGAAUAAUGAAUAAUCGAUUGGUUGAUUGAUUACUAAGUUGACUGACUGAUUCAUUUUCUUUCUGAACGAAAUAACCAGCCUGUUGAAACACCCACUUCAUCCUCGCCAGAAAAAUCGCCAAAACAAGAAACACAAGCUAAACAAUCAGAGGUAAAUUUAUUCAAGCAAUAAAUGGUACUUACGAUAGUAAAAUGUCAGUUUGCGAAUGAAUAUGAGAGUGAUGCACAGUCAUUUCUCUCCAAGACGGACACCAUGCUUAAAGCUGAAAGACCAACUCGGAAUGAAUACAAGUCUGUUUUACUUGUGCAGAACACUAAAAACGGGAACAAUGAUGUAACAGACUGAAAAGUGGAAUAAUUUUCUCUUUGUGUAAUCAAACGUUCAUUAAUUAGAAGCAACUUUACUGUCAUGUAGAGCACCUACUUUACCGUUUGUAGGUAUUUUUCACUACAUAAAGCACUACUUAAGCGUCCGUUCAUCGGUUUCAAAAAAGCCCGGUGUCCGACUUUCAGAGAUGUUCGUCUUAUAGAGAGUAUAGUUACCAUUAAAUGACUUAAAAAUGGCAGGGACCAACACUUGGUCUCCUUCUGACAGAGGUGUCCGUUAAGAGAGAAUUGGCUGUCAUGUUUAUCAUGUUUCAUAAACAGAGAAAUUGUAGAAGUACUGUGGAACCCUGCGCUAAGGACACUCGUAUAUAACAGACUGUUUCGUUUGACCAGACGAAAAAAAAGCUCAUAUAUUUUCUCUAAAAUUGAUCUGUUUAAUACGGACAAUAUGGCAUGUCUCGUCGGAGCCGUGUUAACCGGAUUCCACUGUAACAGAGUUUCCGAUUUCCUUUAGUCACUUAGUAUGUACUUUUAAUCUUUCUCUAGAAAACUGAAUCUAAAGAAUCUAAACGCAAACACCGCAAAGAUAAAUCAGAUAAAAAAGAAAAACAUGAAAAGGAGAGAAAAAAGGAGAAAAGAAAGAGACGAAGCAGUGAGAAGUCAGACACAGCGGAGGUGCCUGUAGCUGAACCGGAAAAACAGGAUGAACCGUCUAUCAUGGAGCUGAAUGAGGAGAAAAAACAGGUUAGACAAGGUUUUUUUCCUUCUUUCUUUCUUUCAUUCAUUCUUUCUUUCUUCCUUCCUUCCUUCCUUUUUUUCCUUCUUUUUUAUUUUUUAUUUUUUAUUUUUUUUUUGUAAAGGAGCUGUGUCGUGAAAUUUAUCAAAAUUGAAAUAGUGCUGACUUCCACCAAACUGAGUGAAACAUAAAAAAUAGCUGCUCAAAACAUGAGAAGAAGGUAUAAAUAACAUAGCAACUGCAACGGAGGCACGGAUGGAGAAACUUGAAGAUUGAAACGGAUUGAAAUUGUGGUUUUUGAAAACUUGUGAGCCUAAGUUUUGCAAAGUUCAUUUUAUGUCGUUUGUAACGUUUGAUAUGAUGAUUGGGAGACCCAUUUGUUUGAUGCGAAGCUCUGAUUUUGUCAUUCACACGUUAUUUAUCAAAGUUCCAUAGCGAAUAAGGACGUGUAAUUGCAUUAAAAACAAAAUGAACAAGACAGCCUCUUUAAGCUAAACCACACCAAAGGAGUGUCUUAUGAAAAACAAAUAGCUUGACCUCUCUACUGUGAACUUUUCAGAACUAUGUUCCAAAGUUGUAAGAAACUGUGCGACGCAAUUAUCGUGUGCAUGUGAAAGUGUUUUUUGAAGCACGCGUUGAAAAAGGAAAAAAAUGCUUCCUGUUCUUCUUCAGUGGUCUAAAAGCGCAUUGUAGAGUUUUUUUGACCGAAGACGAUAUAGUAGCUUGGAUGUAGAUAAUACCUUUUCCACCUUGCGUCCCCCUGUACAUUUUUAAACUCUGUAUUUAUUUCAGCGGGAUCCUGUUUCCUUUUUUGUGCCAGACACUCAUUGAUUUCCUUUCUUUUUCAGCCUAUCAUUACAACUUAUAAAGUUCUCGCAGAAAACAGUGCUCUCAGACUGGUUAGUGUAAUAAAUUGUAUUUACGACAGGGCAACGUGGCCGAGCGGUUAGAACGAGGCGGCGAGGUCAAGUCCCGACCUGUUCGGGGCUAGCCGGAUUUGUUCUAGGUAGACCCGAGUUCAAAUCCUCGGUCCCGCUUGUUAGUACGUUUGAGGUGAACCAGUUGGGAUUCUUAUUUUCAUUGCAAUGGUCACAUAUACACCAGCCCUGUUCCAGGCUCCGAGAUAGGCGGGUCGGCGAAACUGAGAAAGUGCGAACAAAACGGGAGCAAGGAACAGGCUAUGGUAACACCGUACGAUUUUGUCCAGAAGUUGAGACAACAAUGUUUCCGUAACUAACUUAAGUACGGUUUAAUGAUCCCAGGUGUGGGACGAAAUUCUCGUUGUCUCCCUUUUACAUAAGUAUAUGAUGAUUGCGAAAGCGAACUGUCAUAUUAAUCGUGCAGUACAUUUAUUUACUUAUUGGUUUUGGUCCUUGCUUUAGAUGUACGAGACAAGAGUGACUUCUCAAAAUAGAAAUCAAGUAGUAGUGUCAAUUAUUUUCAGGUAUGUAACUCAUCAAAGGAUUAACGUUAUAGAAUCGUACAAUAUAUUUUUUUUCCAGUUGUCUGUUUGCUAGUAGAAUUUAAAUUUCUUUCGGUAUGGUCUCAUCGCUAUUCUCUGAUUUCAUUUCACAGUAAUUUGACUGAUCGUCAUAUCAAGUCCAUGGAAUUCAAUGUGUUAGACUCCCUCAAUACUAAACUAAUACGGCCAGUAAGUAGAAUUUGAAUUGUUCUUAAAUUAAAUUUUGAGUUUCCUUAUACGCUUUAAUACGUUUCGAUCCAAAGUUGUCUUUGGUUUUAGUUAAAGUGCAAUGAUCUUGUUACCUUUGUAUCCUGCGUCCCUGACGCAUAAAAAUCCCCAAAGACAGGCAAAAGUUCAUUGCAUGCAGUUGUGUUGUAAUGUCUCUGACAAAGUUCGAAAAAAUGAGUCUUUCCUGACAUUCAUUCCAUCGAUUUAUUGAUUCACUUGAAAAGUUUUGCCUAAGAAAAGUACUCGUUCAUGAUUUUAACAAAGUUAUGACAAGAAUUUUUGUGACUGUACCCCCCUUUGAAUCGCAUCCAGCUCCGUCUGAUUAACUUCUUUAGCUGUAUGUUUUGGCUUGUUCAUGAUAAAGCCAGUCAUUUGUUUCUGUUGUCUUGUUCACAGAUUGGUUCCUCAUCGCAUGACAGUGUUCCAGUCCCCUUUCAUCUUUUGCCGGGUGAGUGGUCACUGAGCCCGUUCCAACCUCGUUCCCAGGGUUCUUUCCUGCUCGUCCCUAUAGAGGGAGAAAACGGACGAGUGAUAAUGAGUUCUAGGAACGAGGUUGAGCCCGUUCUAGAGAUUGAUCAGUGCCCAUUCCUAAUCUUUCAAAGCAAUAGUUAGUACUAGUAUUAAUGGAGCUCGGUCACGGUUCUCUGGUUCAUUUUGUUAAUAAUGCCGUCAUUAUUCACUAUGGAACUUGAUAACUUACUAGUGACUGACAAAAUCACAGCUUUAUGUCAAACAAAGAUGGCUCCCAAUUACCAUAUCAAACGUUGCAAAGAACAAAAAUGAACUUUGAAAAACUGUGAGGCCAACGAGUUUUCAAAAAGCGCAAUUGCGAUGCGUUUGAAUCUUCAAGAUUGUCCAUCUGUUAUUGCCUUUGUAUUUGCUGUGUUAUAGCUUCGUUUCAUGUUCUGAGCAGACAUUUUUAUGUUUCACCCAGUUUUGGUGGCAAUUUCUACUAGUGUAAUUUUGAUAGAUUUCGUGACAGAGCCCCUUUAAAAUGUGCUUCAUUAUCUCUACUGAAAGCCCCUUGCGGGAAGAGAAUAAUCAAAUACUUAUUUCUUCUGUGUAACCGAAACACUAUUUAAAACAGUUGGAAUAAAAUUCUGUUUUAAUUGUCUUGCAGGGUGUUCAAAUGAAGGGCAGUUCGCUUUCACUGUAGAAAGUAUAGUCAUGGCGCAGAAACUCAGGGGGACACUAACCUACGUCAUAAAGGUACCUUUUGCCAAUAGUUCCUUUUGCCCCUCCCAUCUCCUAGGGGGACACUAACCUACGUCAUAAGGGUACCUUUUACCAAUAGUUCCUUCAGCCCCUUCCAUGCCCCGGGGGGACACUACAUACUCAGGGGAAUACUAACCAACGUCAUAAAGGUACCUUUUACCAGUAGUUCCUUCAGCCCCUUCCAUCUCUCAGUGCAGUUGGAUGCACACAAACCCAGUCUUAAUGAAAACAGCUUAGUUAUCUUAAGGUCGGAUAACCCGUUACGAUUUGUCGACCCGAUUUUAUAAAGUAAGCAUUCGGUGGACACAAAAGUCAACCCUAUUUUCGGCCUAUUUUUCUUUUUGGUCUUUCCUUUUGUGCAGAUUUCGUCCCGAUAAAUCGAAACGUGCAAAAUUCGCCGCCGACAGAUCGCAUCAACGAAUCACAUUAUUUAAGCGCUUUAUAGUCGAAUCGUCAGAACCAAAAUGUGACGAUUAUGACGAGUAGUAACUUAAUUGGAGAAAAAAGAGGGAACUUUUAUUAUUGAGAAGAACUGGACAAGGGUUUUUCCGCUGUAUGAUUCGACUUCGCUAGUUAGAAGAGGGAAUUUUAGUUUUGAAUCAGACUUUAUUUGGGAGAUCUAAAACGAUUCGAAAUUUGUUCUUACAAACUUGUCUAUCAGAUUGUUUCACAAAAACCAAACUGCUGUCUUGUACCAUAACAUUCUUCUCAUAACCAGUAAGUUAAGCUAGUGAUAACCCCAGAGAGGACCUUGUGCCCUCAAUGCGUUUUUGUUUUCUUUUGCAGGAUGACGAAGGCUCCACAAGCGAAAAGAUGGAUUUUUCGUUGUUUUUACCCUGCUCUUCCUUUCUGAUUUCCACGCCGUUGUCAAGGUAAGCCCUGCUAAAACAAUGACAUUGUAGAGUUUUAACAAUCUUUUUUUCCUUUGCUCAUCGCUUUGGUUUCAUGAUUGGCCAACUCGCAUUGUAUUCUAUUGGUCAUUUUGAUGUUGAGUGAGAGACUGGGUUUGUGCUGUUUCGAAUUGCAUUAUGGGGCUCGUUUGAGGCACAUUUUGGCGCAAUUAAGGUUUCUGGGUAACUGACCACCCACCCCUCCCCAAAGUCACAAUUUUGCCUUAAGUGAGUAGUAAGUGUUAAUGUUGACGUAGGGGAGGGGUAGAUGGGCAGUUACCCAGAAACCUCCCAACUUGUCUUCUAAAACACUCCCAUAAUGCAAUUCGACACUACACUGAGCCAGUCUCUAGUGCAUAUACAGAUGUAUUUAUUUUCUAUUUCCUUAUUAUAAUAAUUAUGUUUUUCUUUUUUUUCGGUCUUCAGUACCGAUUUCGCCAGUCUCUUAGGAAGUGGAACCUUAGUCAACAAAAGCUCUGUAAAGGUUUGUUAUAUCUCCUGCUUCUGUAAGCUGUUUCACGCAUUCGGUAUCUCUAUAGUCGUACUUUAAAUAAAUCAGGCCUAUCCUGGUGGCAGUGCUCCCAUUUUUUUUAAGUAAUAGAGAGAUUUAGAGUUACGUUUACCGUAAACGUGAAUUUGUGCCACGUGGCCAAGUUUUCCCUUAACUGGUACUUUACUAUUCAUUACUUCUUCGGUUCUUCCCCAAAAUCAGUAGAUUGACAUUUGUUUUGUCUAUAACAAUUGUUUGGGCCUUUCUUUAAGUGGAACGUUUUCUAUUUGCAGCAGUUCUGAACUUGAACCUAACCUUUGCUGUUUACCGUAAACUUCACUGUAAAUCUCUCUUUUGUUUCGCCUGGGGAAAUAGCCUUCAAGUUGACAAGUAGUCUUGAACCGACAGGACCCGUCCUAAGGGGUUAUGAAUGGUGCCACCGCUCUUUCAAAUUGAAGAAAACGUUUUGGCCUUGCCCAAGUUGUUCCAUCGCCGCCAAACGCUAACCACUAUUUUAACAAAAGCUGCUGAAUCAAAGCCAGCGGUUAUCGCCACCUUAUAAACGAUUUAUUGACGAACUCGUGAAAAGCUAACAACAGUGCAUCUAUGAACAGCGAGGGCAGCGUGACCGAAUGAUUAGAGCGCGGUUUGAACGCUAGACUUGCAAUUCUAAUGGCCUGUUUACAUGGAGGUGAAGGACCCCAAAUAUGUGAGGCUCACCUACCUGGGGCCCCCCACCUCCAUGUAAACAGGUCCUUAUUCGGAGGUCCCAAGUUCAAGCCCCCGCUCCCCGACCGCUAGCUGGAUUUCUUAUCUGUAAUCCCGAGUUGAAAUCCUCGGCUACGCUUGUAAAAUAACCAACUGGUCCGCCUCCUACUAGUUGGGAUUUUUAACCAUUUAUGUUAAUAGCGGAGCACCGUCGGAAGGGUAGAUAACUAAAUUUCUUACCCAGAAAAUUUGGUUAUGACGUCAGCCUACUCCGUCCGUCCGUAAACUCUCUGGAGGCGAGGGAAAGGAAUCACAAGUGGCAGCUCGCCGUUAUAGCUGAGGUGAAAUUUUUCAUUUCAAGCACCUCGCUCGUUUCGAUGGUAAAUCACACGGCCGCCCGGGCUUUUAGAGGGAAAAAAAAAACGAGUCUUUCUUUCCACUAAAUUUUAAUGUGAACAUUAACUUAGAUAACAGGGAAAUAGCUAGGAGCGAGAAAUAAUUGACAACGGAGACUAAUUUCGCUGGAAGAAAAACAUGAAAAUUAUAUAGCGGCGGUUAGAAAAUGAGAAAUGCUAGCGGCUACCAAUGUGAAAAUGAGCGGCAGUGAAAAAACAGAGUGAACAGAACACAAACAUUUCCUCCAUAAAACGCGUAAAUAGGAAUCUAAACAUGAAAAGAAGUUUCACGUUUUAGGCGUGCAAAACAACGGCAAGGAACUGUACAAAAAAGUGUGCUGCACGUGCAAAGCUGUUUCUUUGCUAAUUAGAAAAAAAAAUGUGCUGCAGGUGCAAAGUUGUUUUUUUGUUAAUUAGAUCUAUUGUUGUUGUUUUUUACCGUUACUCGAUUUUAUAUUUUCUUUGAGAAAUAUAUAAAUAUUAAAGAGAGCUUCGCUUUUAGCCCUGGCUAAAUCUAUUUAUUUCAUUUUCCUUGAAAAGCCCCAUAGAAGAAGAGGAUAAUUGAAGUAAAAAUUUAAAAAAUAAUGAAAAAAGUAACCUUGUGGUGCAGUCAAACACAAAAUAUAGUUCAAGCAACUAAGUUUACCACACUUACUGAGGUUCAAAAGCGGGCGGUUCAAGCAUCAGAGCAAGUCGCUCUUUUUUCCCCUUCAUCCUCUUCGACUCUAAGUUUGGACGAUUUUGUGCUUUAUUUGCAGGUCACAGCUCCAGAGAUGACAGAGUUUAGCUCAAUAAUUUCGAAGAUUUGUAUCCUGCUACAUUUUGCAGGUAAUGAACACAACUUGUUCUUGCCGGAAGUGAACAGCGUCUGCUCAAAAUUAAGUAUUUGUAUGGUCAUACUGAAGGAAGCCUGCGAGCAGGCUCUCUUUUUGAAGGAAGCGGCACGUGAUAGGAGACUCACUCGCGCGUUCUCGCGGAAAGUGGGACGCGAGUGAGAAAGUUGCGCGCGAGGAAAGGGAAGGAUACGCGUGUUCUCCACCCUCGCGCGCAACCAUACUAAUGGGAAUUUUAAUGUUCUGACCGUCUUUCUCUUUCAUGGUUGGUUUAGAUUCUGCUUUUUCUGUACUUGACCUGUCUCACUCUUCAUUCGUUGAACUGUUCGUAACAUGUGGCAAUGUAACGCAUAUCUGUUGCGAAAUUGCCUUGCAGUAAACAUCUUAAUUGCGUCUUUCUCUCUCCUGAAAUGUGUAAAAAGUGGCUCUCUGCUGACAAACCCUUGAUCAGAUUAACAGGAGACACGCUGUCUAACGGACAUCCUGUUUAUUGCUGUUUUUUUUUUUCUUCUUCUUUCUUUGUAAGAAAAAAAUCUCCUGUACAUUUUGAUUAUCUACUUCACACGAGACAGCUAGGCUCCUUUUGAGUGCCAUGCAAAGUCAGUUUUGAUAAACUAUCGUCCAAGUUUUACAGAACAAAACAUAAACCUGUUACUACACGCCAAGUUUUUGUCAUAUUUUAGUUCGCAUUUUACUUUUCAGUCAAUCAAAGACAGCAGCUCCGGCACGUACAGCUAUUUUCCACCUGUUAUUGUUUAACAGUGCAUACAAAGGCUACCAAAACAAUGACCCAACUAUUUGUUCACGCUGGCGAAAGCGCGAAGCUGUACACACAAAACAAAUCCGGCUUUGUUUUAAGCUACAGUCUCCCAGUGUUAAAUUUCCGUUGUUGCAAAAAAACAGGGGGAGGAAAUUCUUUGUUUUUGAUCGAAUUUCAUUACGAACUUUCGACAGUUUCUCGUUCAUGCGGAUGAAAGGUUUACCAAACGACGUCGUGUUUCAGAGAAGAAAGGGAUACGCACACUAUAGCAGAACAGCUGACCAACAUUUGUUUCCGCCAAGCCAAGAAAUACCUUGAAUAUUUUUUUUUAUUUGAGUGACUAAUGCCCUUGAACAGAUUCUAUACUACUUGUUGACUAGUCUGGUUCGGCUGGAAUUGCUAUUCAGCGUCUUUGGAUUUAGUUAAUCAAUUGUUUAUGUAUUGGAUUAACUAGACAAACGAUCGCAGUAUGAGACAGCAACGGUAUCGUAGCAAUAUUGUAGCUCUGUGGAUCGAAGUAUUUUUAUUACUUUUAGGCAGUUCUUAGUGUCAAUAACAAAAAAGCUAAUACACAGCUAGUGAAAGUUAACCAAAGACCAUAUCAAUUAGCAACGAUUUCCAUUUAAAAUUGAUAGUGUUUUAUGGACAAUGUCAUGCACGACCUCAUAAUAAACAUGAUUCCCUAUAGUAGUCAAAAACACUUUUCUUUUUAAAAUAUGAGAUAAACCCGAAAGAAAUGGCCCGAAGCUUCAAGCUUAGCUGAAUCAACGUGAAUUAAAUUGGUUGUAUUUUAGUUUUGCCCGUCUUUUUCUUAAGCGUUUCAAGAGUGGUUUACAUUCUUAGUCUUUUCGAAAAGUGUUACAUUAUCAGGAGAUUUCAUAUCUUGGGGUGACUCACAAUUUUCCUUUGUAACCGACUAUUGAUAUCAGUAGCAGAAGUUUGGUGGUGACCACUAUUCAUGGCAUAAAAAGUCAAACAUAGACCAUACUGUCUGUUUUUAACUUGUAAGUUUGAAAAUGAAAAUCAAAGUCAAUAUUAUGCGUGGAAAAGGAAUAUUUAUCUAAGGAAUGAUGUCGAAGGACUUAACAUAAAAGUGCUACUCUAUGACAACGAAAUUCCAGAAGAAAAAUAUUUUUUUUGUAAAAAGAAAAGGCAAAGGUUUGCACGUGUAUUCGAUAGCUAAGAGUAGGGUGACUAUGUUCUUGACUAAGCCUGCGAAAAUGUGUUUUCGUCUAAUAGCCGCAGGCGAAUAAGUUGACAAAAGUCAAACUGCAACUCUUAAGACUGCGUCAUUUUUUGUUAUUUUUAUCAUAUUUUUCCGAGCUAUUUUCGAUAUAUUCUCAAAACCUAACCAUACUACAUUCUUCUUUCGAUAUUGUACCAUCCAUUUUGUCUUUUUAUGGUAAGAAGGCUUUUAUUUUCGGAAGCGAUACUUUUAUUAGAGAUUCAGCGCAUGUAUCGUGUAAAAUCUCAAAAACAUCUACCAUAUAGCCUCUUCGAUCAGUCCUGCAUCAAGAAAUGAUAAAGCCAACAUACAAGUGUAAAUAGUUUAUCAUCAAUUUUACGAAGGGGCUGCUGGUAUCAUGUAUAUCAAUUAGCAACGAUUCAGUUUACAUCGCAAUAAAGUUGCUACUUUAUUCUGACUGAUGCUAAACGUUAAGCCUAAUUAGAAUUCGCUAUUCAAAUUGGUGUUGAAAAUUCAGCGGUGUGUCCGUUCAAAGAAAAGCUUUUGAGCAGAAGUUUUAACAUGGCAUGAAGGGCGAGUUUUUUGCGUGAAAGUUAUGGUACAAAAUGUUAUAUUUGUUACAUCAAUUCUCGCAGAAGAGAUCAAAAUGAGGGUAUAUUACAAUAAAGCGUGAUAAGCUAAACACAUCACGCAAUUAAAUAUGUUGUUAACAUCGGCGAGAAGGCGUUUAUUUCAUACAAUUUAAACCAAAAAAGUACACAGUGUAAAAAUAUUGUUGUAGGCUUUGUAUUACAUAACAUAAACUUGGAUACAAUUCUGAAGUAUUCCUUUUUGAAAGGUCUGCUCCAGUGAUCAAGUAAUUAUGUAGAUGAUUCUACAAAGAGUCUUCGAAUGUUAUUUUCUGCCCAAUUUUCAUUAUUCUUUGACCUGGCCGCUAAAGGUUGAAGGUUUCGAAUAGGACGUGACUACACGUUGAAAAGCUUCCAGUAUAAAUGGUUAUGUUCUUUGAUUACCGCUUUGCCCCGGCAGGCAUUAAUUAUAUUGGACGAGGUUCAAUCUUGACUUCUCAAAAUAGACAUUCUUUAUGCAGUAUUGUUUAUGUGUGUUUACUAGUCACUGUACUGAAAUGUUUGUUGGCCUGUGUGUUGAUUAAUAUACCGGGCAAAGAUACAGGGAAGAAAAUUCUGAUUUCGCUCCUGAAAGCUCUUAUAUCGAGCUGUUUUAGGGGCUGUGGUGAUCUCUUCAAGAACCAAAAAUGGAAAUAAAAUACUCGAAAAUCAAAACUCACUUAUUAAAUGAUGGCAGCUGGUCAUUUUUUUCUAAUGAUGUCCGGUUACUGCCGUGAUUGAGUUAUUCCAAAUUUUAAAACUUUGAAAUACUUUUGUGUGAUUUGAGACGUAGUAACAAUUUCAUAAAAAAAGAUUUCGCUACUCACACUUUUUUUUUUUCGAAAAAUGGUAACCCUGCGAUUUUAUCCCAACUCAAUUAACAACACCGCCGGAAAAUCCUUGUAGCUUUCAUUAUUGGGAUUACUAUUAUGUGAUAAAAAUUUCAUAGAGGUUGUGUUGAAUUUGUAAGCAUUUUUUAUGUACGAAGACCGAUCUUCUGUAAAUUAAGCACCACUUUCUGAGAUAGGGCCCACUCAGUUUUUUUAGUUUACUCUGUCCAAAGAUUAUUUAUAUUUUCUUUGGCGGAAUUUUGCGGGUGCGCCUGCGCUAGCGGUCAUUAAAUCUCCAGCGGCUUUUAUUUUCAUUCGCGCGCUCGACGAUCCCUAAAGAGAAAGUAGAAAGUCUGUGAACAGGGCAUUUGUACGAUGGUGUGUCUAAUAUCACUAGUUCUCUUUUCGGUUGGGAGGGGAGGGUGGGGUACUGGGGUCAUUAGGAUUCGUUCCGUUUGUAAUGCACAAGUUUAGAGAAGACAGGGAAGGUGUGCCGAGGCGCUUCGGGGGAAGACAGACCAAUGGUAAAUUGUGUUAGGGAGCUUAAGCUACCACGACAGCGAUGUAUAACAACAAAGGAUUACUUGUGAAAUGAAUUCGCGAUCUUGCAAACUUCAUCUCGAUGCUCCUAACUCGCUUCCUCUGUUUAAUGUGGGAGAAGUUUACUGCGCUUGCAGAGUUGUCCUGCUUAUUAAACCUGAUCUCCAUAUAUUUCUUAGAGAAUUCGUUAAGAGAGUUUCUUGAUUGUUAAUCGACAAUGUUGGGAGAAAAUUGAUGUUGAUUACUCUUGGGACUUAGAGGGUUAUACUCCCUAAUGUAAGUCAGCUGCACCUCUGGCAGACUUAAAAUAUUCAAAUGUAUGCAGCUUUCAAAACUUCUGGCAGUCUUUAGGUGUGGUGUUGUACUUCUUAUUCCAGAAUAUUGCCCAUAGGAAAGAACCGUAACUGCCAGGUCAAUUCAAAUUGAUUCUUUCUCAUGAACCGUGUUUUUUUGCACUUUACUUUCAGUCGUAGAACAAGUGGAUUCAAGUGCAUCAUUAUAUGCCAGUUCAAUCCAGAGCCAUCAUCUGUGUUUAUUAGUCAAGCAAUUACCGGUGAGUAACGAGCCUGAAAAUCAUUGAAACAGGUUGCCGGAUGCAGGGCACGGAGCUCAGGGUAAACCUAGGGCAAACUUUGUCUGUAAGUCAGGCUAUAAGACGGACACCUAGCAUUUGUCCCUCCGAUUGUGACAGUCAUUUUCUUUGGCUGAGGCGGAGUUACCUUGCCAAAACGGACUGUCUGCCCCAAACUGAGUUGACUGAAAUGUAGCUUAAGAAAUAAAGUUUAUCUUUGUACUUCUCGCCUAUGAAUGUUAGUAAACAAGCAGUGUUUUCUUUUUUUAAUGCUUUGUACUUUUUUCUUUUUUCUCUUUUGUUUCUUUUUUGUUUUUGUUUUUGUUUUUGUGUUGCGAAAUGUCGGCUGAGCAAGGGGAAUGGCUGGGUGUGUUAUAAUCUUUUAAAGAGACGAUGAAUAUUGACGAUGGUGUUUUUCUUUACAUAGGAUAACUCGGUGUCUGUUGACGGCAAAAGUACUGACGCUUCCAUGGUUUUCAAUGUACUGGACGAAAUUAAAUUACUCCUUCAAACGCCAUGAAAAAAGAAAUAAUCAAGAGUGGCAGAUUACAAGUCGAUAAAGAAGAGGGAUGGUCCUGGCGCGAAAGGAAUUCUCAUCAACGGGGUUCUUCGCAACAAAAACAGCCGAGAAUCGCCCAUGAAUCAACUUCACUGCCAGCGAAAGAUUAAUUGAAAAGGAUUUUAAUAGAGAUAAGAAAUACGGGGCAAACUUGUCUGAUUCUAUACUGAAUUAUUACGGGCCCUGUCCUCAGAUCGCUGGAUCUGGGUGUUGUGUUGCAAAUUGCUCUUCAGUAAGUCGUAGAGUUAAAUAGAAAGGAGAGCAGUGUAACUCGUAAACCUUUCAAACAAUUGCAUUAUCUAGGGAGAAGAGGAAAGAGAUAUAGACACUUUCACUGCCCCGAAAAUCAACAUUUUAUGAAUAAAAACCAAGAAAUACACCCAACGUAGUCCCAGGGUCUCUCUUCUAGUCUUUGCGAGGGAGAAGAGAGGUCCUGGGAGCAAGUGUAUAAUUAUAAUGUUCCCCAAUUUUAAUUUUGCAAAUGUCCUAAGAUAUUGUCACAUGAAGGGAGACUUGGUAGAGUCCAUGUGAGUAAUUUCAUCUUAGUGCUUAUUCUAAUAACUUAACGGCGAAAAAAUGAUAGACAAAGAUGGUUUUACUCGGUCGCUACCUUUGGUUGAGUAGACCAGCUGACGGGUUUUGUUUUAGGUACAGAUUUAACUGUCAAAAUAUAUUUGCCUUGUGCAGGAGAGUAAACGUAAUUUUAGUAAAGAAUCAUGCUAUAGCAUUCUGUAAUGCGUCACGGUGUUGUCCACCACUGUAGACUAUGACGGAUAGCUUUUUCGCCGCACGAUUUCUGUAACGGAUGGAAGCUGCACUUCUGAGAGUGGAGCGUCACACAUCAGAUGGGUGCUGUGCCACACUUUGGUGUAAUGUGAACAAGUAUUCGCACCGUAGCGGAAGUGAAUAAGCAGGAUCCACUGACACGGAAGUAAAAUUCAAGAAUGAGGACUGGAUUUAAGUUCACCAAACGGCCCUCUCGACCAAACUCUGCGGCACGAUUUUCGUUUUCCAUGCACGGAAUCCCAUGUAGAGUGGGGUGUGGUUCAUUCUUCUAGGUAGAAAUUGUUGGGUUCUUCUCUAUAUCCAUCUAAACAAAACGACAACAAAAUUCGAACUUGUGAACAUCUUUUUGCAAGAACUUCUUAAUGUAAAGCCCGCGCAGAAUACUUAAAAUAAUCUCAAAAAAAGCCAACGGCUAUAUAAAAAAAUACUGCG